AUGGCGGCGACGUUAGGUCGAAUUUGUAAAUCGGGCCUUUUAAAGCCGAAUUAUGGCACGCUGAUCGGCCAGGCCAGCAAUUUCUCCACGGUGAAAGAUUGGUCGAGGGGUCGAAAAGUGUUAUUAACAUGCCUAGGAGUAACAGCUGGUGGCAUCAGUGCUCUUAUCUAUGCAUUAGAUAAUUCUGUAAAAGCUUACGAUCUGAUAGCUCAUCCACCAACAUACAAAUGGGAUUUUUAUGGAUGGUUCAACUCAUUAGACCAUGCUAGUUUGCGACGAGGAUGGGAAGUGUACAAGAACGUGUGCGCAGCAUGUCACAGUUUGCAAUACGUGGCAUAUCGUCAUCUGGUCAAUAACACGCACACCGAAGCGGAAGCGAAAGCUAUCGCGGAAGAAGUCUUGAUCGAAGAUGGCCCCGAUGACACCGGAGCAUACUUCAUGCGCCCGGGAAAACUAUCUGAUUACGUACCAUCCCCGUACCCGAAUGAGGAAGCUGCCAGAGCAGCGAACAAUGGCGCUUAUCCGCCUGACUUGUCUUAUAUGGUCAACGGUAGGCACAACGGAGAGAACUACAUUUUCUCUUUGCUAACUGGAUAUUGCGAUCCACCAGCCGGCGUCACUUUGAGAGAAGGACAAUAUUUCAAUCCAUAUUUCCCAGGUGGUGCUAUCAGUAUGGCACAGGCUAUUUAUGAUGAAAUUUUAGAAUACGAAGAUGGUACUCCUGCAACUGCCUCACAAGUGACAAAAGAUAUUACCACAUUCCUCAUGUGGUCUUCCAAUCACGAAUUUGACGACAGAAAAAGAAUGACUAUCAAGGCACUUGGAAUUAUGGCAAUUAUCACUGCUGUUACAUAUUAUGCCAAGAGACACAAAUGGAGUACCUUAAAGUCCACGAAAUUAAUGUUCUAUCCCAAAAAGUAGUGAAUUUUCCCGUACGCGAGUUCAUCGAACCGUUAACCAAUGGAUACUCGAAGAUGGUAGCGUGCUGGUUUUCGGGAUGUAGUUUCGCCAUUUAAGCAAUGUAUCCGGCAAGUUGUGACUUCUCUGCGAAGAUUCAAACUUAUUCAUAUAGCAUUCGACGAUUCAGUCAAUUUAUCACCAAUACCAAAUCUAUUCAAUUGUACAUUGUACAUAGCUAUGCUGAAUGGAGUCAUCGUCUGAUUUAAAUAAAUUGUUAAACAUAUGGAA